GUAAGCCUUCUUAUUUUGGAGUCGGAGACUAGCAAACAUAUAUAAGUGUAAACGUACAGCUCGUGGGUCUUGGUCCGUCUUGUUGUGAUGACUGACAUGUUGCCAGUGGUGGUGGUCCACGGAGGGGCAGGGUAUGUCCCAAAGGAGCGGUCAGAGCUGUCCAUUUCAGGGGUGUGCUCAGCAGUGCAGGCAGGGUACACUAUCCUCCAGGGAGGGGGCAGCAGCAUGGAUGCUGUGGUGGAGGCUGUGAUCCAGAUGGAGAAUAACCCUGCCUUCAAUGCAGGCUGUGGGUCCGUGCUGAACAUCAAAGGAGAGGUGGAGAUGGAUGCCCUUGUGAUGGAUGGUAAAACUCUGGGAAGCGGUGCCGUGUCUGCAGUACGCAACAUAGCUAACCCCAUCCAGCUAGCAAGACUGGUUAUGGACAAGACCAGUCACGCGUGUCUCACUGCUGAAGGUGCAAGUCAGUUCGCUCGAUCUAUGGGGAUCCCUGAGGUCCCCCUGGAGUCUCUCAUCACUGAGUAUUCCCGCAUGCGCUGGAAAAAGAACCUUGCACCUGAUGCCAACCCUGUGGAGUGCCAAAUGCUGGGCACAGUUGGUGCAGUAGCAGUUGAUAAAGAGGGCAACAUAGCCUGCGCGACUUCUACGGGUGGAAUGCUGAACAAGAUGGAAGGUCGGGUGGGCGACACCCCCAUCAUAGGAUCUGGAGGUUAUGCUGACAACCUGCUGGGAGCAGUGUCAACCACAGGCCACGGAGAAACCAUCAUGAAGAUUACACUGGCCAGACUCAUCCUUUUCCACAUGGAGCAAGGUCAGUCAGCAGAGGCUGCCAGUGAUUUGGGCCUGGCCUAUAUGAAGUCCCGACUCGAGGGGCUAGGUGGGGUGGUGACAGUGGACCCCCAGGGCCACUGGGCAGCCCGCUUCUCCAGCAGUUACAUGGCAUGGGCUGCAGCCCAGAAGGAUACUCUGCACUAUGGCCUGUACACUGGAGAACACUUCACCCAAAGCAUCCAUGACCCUCGCUGACUGAUGAUUUUUUUUUUUUUCAAAACUAUCAUUUUUAAGGGAGAAUUUUGAACUGCUGGGACAGUAAAGGAAAAUCAAUGCAAAUGGGAACAGCAUACAAUUUAUCCAGGUGCUGAAUAGGUAGUCAUUGUGUCUAUGAUUUUAAAUAAAAUUUAUGAAGACAGUUAUUCUGUCUGGAACAAUCUUGAAAGAUCUUUGAAAUUCUAGGCUUUUACAAAUUUUCACUUCAGAUUACAGAUUCUUAAACCUCCUGAUCUUCAGUGUGUGUCACCAAUCCUCAGAUCCAUACUUACUUGCAUUCUAGCCUAAUCCAGAGUUCUUGUUUCUCUUAGUUUGCUGUGAGCUCCACAAACUAGCUGCACAUGUUUGUAACAUCUGGGAAGAUAGCUACACUGGACCGGAUUUAACUCUUAAUGGUGCUUGUAUGAGUGUGAGCAUUUUAGCAGUCGCUAAUUAUGUCAGGAAACCCGGAGAAAACCCUCGCUAACUCUGUUAGCUCUGUGACAGGCUGGAGACCUGUACAGGGUGUACCCUGCCUCUCGCCCUAUGACAGCUGGGAUAGGCUCCAGCCCCCCCGCGGCCCUGAACAGGAUAAGCGGAAGAGUCUCUCCCAGCUGCCAAGAGGCGAGAGGCGGGGUACACCCUGGAUAGGUCCCCGCUGUGAAUGUGAGUACGAAUGGUUGUCCAAAUUUAAUGAGUCUUUUUGAGAUUUUUUUUUAUAUUUUAUUAUUAUUAAACUGAUUUCAUAUCAUUUAUAUAAUUUGUAUUUGACAACUAGUCAGUUAAAUGAACUGUGAAUAUAAAUAUUUGUGAAUGUGAUUUUUCAGAUGUGUUUUCUAUAAUCUUUAGUCAUUUUUUUGUGUUUUGACUUAUGUGAUGUGAGUAUAAAUUAUUGAACCACUUGAACUUCCAUUAAUUAAUUUCUGAUCUCCUCUUCACUGUUGGAUAAUCAAGUAUUUGUAAAAACAAACUUUAUAGAGAGUGGCUGAUUUCCACCUCUGUGUCACAGAGAAUCCACGUUCUCUCUGCAGCAGUGUUAAUGUGCUGGAAGAUUAACUGACCUCGUGUAUGUGACAUGCUGCUACUCAGAUAAUGAUUGUUAAUGUUGAAGCUUUGUGUUAGAAAAAACACUGAGCAGGACAUAAAAACCUUAAAUCUCU